AUGUUAUCACGGAGUUUGAGUCAAGCUCGUGCUCGGGUUUCCACUCUUGGUCCAUGCCCCUUCCAUAUACCGCUCCCGGCUCGAUGUAUAUCUACUCGAAGCAAGCUUUUUGAAGUCGCAGAGGAAGUUGAAUGGGCUCUCAGCGCAGGAAAACCGGUAGUUGCGCUCGAAACAACGAUUUACACCCAUGGCUUUCCAUAUCCAGAAAACGUCGCGCUUGCGUCUCACCUCGAAUCCCUCGUCCGAGUCAAUGGCGGUGUACCAGCUACAAUUGGCAUACUAAACGGAAAAGCUCACGUUGGAAUGAGACCUGAAAAACUGAUUGAGCUCAUUAGCACCGCUGGAAGCAAAGACACGUGGAAGAUCAGCAGACGAGACCUAGGUUUCAUUGGUGGACUAGGUGGCAUACGAGGACAAAAGCUCAAUGGAGGCACAACCAUAUCAGGUACCAUGAUACUGGCCCACUUGGCUGGAAUCAAGGUCUUUGCAACAGGUGGACUGGGUGGUGUACACAGAGGUGGCGAGAACAGCAUGGACAUCUCUGCCGACUUGACUGAGCUAGGAAGGACUCCUGUGGCUGUGAUAAGCAGUGGCUGUAAGAGCUUCUUGGACAUACCUCGCACGCUGGAAUACCUCGAGACACAGGGUGUUGGCGUUGCUACGUUCUCCGAUGGCAGAAUAGGCGAUGUCGACUUUCCUGCCUUCUUCUCUCGAGAUAGUGGUGUCAAAAGUCCGCGAACAAUUCAGUCUGAAGCUGAUGCGGCUGCAGUCAUACAUGCCCAAUUUCAGUUACCUGUGCACUCUGGCCUACACUUCGCGAAUCCUGUACCUGAAAGUGCAAACAUGCCGAGACACGAGAUCGAUGGUAUCAUAGCAAAAGCAGUGGCAGAAGCCGAUGCAAUGGGCAUUACGGGCGCUAGCAAUACUCCUCAUAUCCUUAAGCGGAUCAGAGAGCUGAGUAACAACGCUUCUGUGAUAGCGAACAAAGCUCUGAUCGAGGCAAAUGUUGUACGAGGCACGAAAGUUGCAGUAGAGCUUGCUAAGCUCGAGCUGGCGGAUAAGCAAGAAGGGACAUCAGGAGCUCCAAGAAUAGACGCUUCUCGAGAAGCUAGGACAAGCCAACCCCCUCUCUUGCAAACACCAGAUGCACUAUUGCCACGAUCAGAAAACGAUCGCGUUUCGGCACGCCUAAUUGACUCGGGUGCAGACGCCAAACACAAUCCACCAGCAAACGAUCUUCUCGUUAUCGGCUCGAUCGCAAGCGACACAUCGUGCGACUAUUUACCAUUUAGUGCUGACACAGAAGUCUCACCCAUUCUUCAUACCUCCAAUCCUGCCGUCAUAUCAGGUUCAGCUGGAGGCGUCGGACGCAACGUCGCAACGGCAGCACAAUAUUCAGGUGCUCAGGUAGCUUUGUCAAGUGUAGUGGCAGAUGAUCUACCUGGCAAAGCCCUCCUCAAGGAUCUGAUAUCGUCAGGCAUCGAUACCACUCCGAUGCAUAUACUCGAUCCUUCGAAAGGUGCACGCACCGCACAAUAUAUUGCUAUUAAUGACAAGAACAAAGAUCUCGUUCUGGCAAUGGGCGACUUCUCCAUCUUCGCACGGCCAGAGCUUGACGACCCGCUCCACUGGGACAACUUGUUUGGAAGAAUUUUUGCGAGCUCAUCACGACCUAAGUGGAUAGUCACUGAUGGCAAUUGGUCAAAAGCCGCACUUUCUAAUAUUCUAAGGCUAGCCGAAGAAUCGCAAAUUCCUCUUGCCUUCGAGCCAGUGAGUACAGUCAAGGCUUCCCGCCUGUUUGAAGCAGCCAGCGUCGCCUUUCAGGGCAGACGGCAAGUUGUCUCUCGAGUUGUGAACAUCGCAACUCCCAAUAUGCUCGAGCUAGCAGCCAUGCAUCAGGCCGCUCAAAACAACAGGUUCUUAGAAGACGAGCAUUGGUGGGAGGUAAUCAACGACUUCGGUCUCAGCAGUGCAGGAUCUCGAGACAAAUUUGUCCGUAUGCUUGGCAAGGACUUGACUGACCAAGGGGUACCUCAGCAAAACAUACGUCUACUUCCAUUCAUACAGCACAUCGUCACGAAGUUAGGGCCUCAAGGAUCGUUGCUUACAAUGAGCUUGCCGUCCACUGAUGCAAGAACUUCCCAUCCAGACUAUCUACCAUUCAUACUUCCUGGUGGAAAGAGAAGCGUAUACAUGCGACUCUUCCCACCACCCACGUUCGUAUCUCAACAUGAGAUCGUCAGCGUCAAUGGCGUCGGUGACACUCUGCUGGGUGUCAUGAUGGCUGCACUCGUGGCAGAGGAAAAAGCUGGACAGCAACCACGACUGGACAAGAUCAUCCCCAUGGCACAGAAAGCCUCUAUCUUGACACUGAAAUCGAAGGACUCUGUUUCACCUCUUAUCAAAACCAUGCCCACGACACAAUCGUGGUGGCAGGAAUCGUACCCAGCGGUUCGGGUGUAG